CGCCGCCGCAGGACGCAGGGAAGCCAAGUGGCGGCGGCGGCAGCGGCGGUGGCAGUUCGCGGCGAGGGCGACGGUUCCGAGGCCGAGUGGCAGGACGGCGCAGACCUCGGUGCCUUUCUCUGCACGAUCUUCUGGGUGGAUCCCUCCCUCCUAGAACCCACUACAGUGAACUUGCUCCCAGGGAACCUGAAGUCUGCCUAUGUACCGAAGACCCAGAGAGGCAGCCUGGGGAAAUGAAAACAGUGUGGGCUGUGCAGUCAAAGAAAUCUAGUUUUGAAUUCCUUCUCUGCUGCAUAGUAGCUGAAUGAUUAGGCAGAGUGAGUGUGUUGGGAAGUUGGUUACACAUUACUAUUCUCCAAGUGAUCAACAUUUGUACCUUUUCCACAUUUGAAGAUGGUGAAGCUAGAUAUUCAUACUCUGGCCCAUCACCUGAAGCAGGAACGCUUAUACGUAAACUCUGAGAAACAGCUCAUUCAGAGGCUUAAUGCAGAUGUACUUAAGACAGCCGAAAAGUUGUAUCGUACCGCGUGGAUCGCUAAGCAACAGAGAAUUAAUUUGGAUCGGCUUAUCAUAACCAGUGCUGAAGCUUCCCCUGCUGAAUGUUGCCAACAUGCCAAGAUUUUGGAAGAUACACAGUUUGUGGAUGGAUAUAAGCAAUUGGGGUUUCAGGAGACUGCUUAUGGAGAAUUCUUGAGUCGAUUAAGGGAAAAUCCUCGUCUUAUUGCCUCCUCUUUGGUGGCUGGAGAGAAACUUAAUCAGGAGAACACACAAAGUGUCAUUUACACAGUUUUUACCUCUCUCUAUGGCAACUGCAUCAUGCAGGAAGAUGAAAGCUACCUCCUUCAGGUUUUGAGAUACUUGAUUGAAUUUGAACUUAAAGAAAGUGACAACCCUAGGCGACUUUUGAGGAGAGGAACUUGUGCCUUCAGCAUCUUAUUUAAACUUUUUUCUGAAGGACUGUUUUCUGCCAAACUUUUCCUCACAGCUACUUUACAUGAGCCAAUCAUGCAGCUGCUCGUGGAAGAUGAAGAUCACCUGGAAACAGAUCCAAACAAGCUGAUUGAGAGGUUCUCCCCGUCACAACAGGAAAAAUUCUUUGGCGAGAAAGGCUCAGAGAGAUUCAGGCAAAAAGUUCAAGAGAUGGUAGAGUCCAAUGAAGCCAAACUAGUGGCUUUGGUGAACAAAUUUAUUGGUUAUCUCAAGCAGAACACGUACUGCUUUCCACAUAGUUUGAGGUGGAUCGUGUCACAGAUGUACAAAACUCUCUCCUGUGUAGAUAGACUGGAAGUUGGGGAGGUCAGGGCAAUGUGUACUGAUCUCCUAUUGGCCUGCUUCAUUUGUCCUGCAGUGGUCAAUCCAGAACAGUAUGGAAUAAUAUCCGAUGCUCCUAUUAAUGAGGUGGCAAGAUUUAAUCUGAUGCAGGUUGGCCGCCUUUUGCAGCAGUUGGCAAUGACUGGCUCUGAAGAGGGAGAUCCCCGGACAAAGAGCAGCCUUGGCAAAUUCGACAAAAGCUGUGUUGCUGCUUUCCUUGAUGUUGUGAUUGGAGGCCGUGCAGUGGAGACGCCGCCAAUGUCCUCUGUUAAUCUUCUGGAAGGGUUGAGCAGAACUGUGGUUUAUAUAACCUACAGUCAGCUUAUUACUCUGGUGAAUUUUAUGAAGAGUGUGAUGUCUGGAGAUCAACUGAGGGAAGACAGAAUGGCUCUUGACAAUUUAUUGGCAAACCUACCCCAGCCAAAGCCAGGAAAAAGCAGCAGUUUGGAAAUGACUCCCUAUAAUACUCCGCAGUUGUCUCCAGCAACCACUCCAGCAAAUAAAAAGAAUCGAUUGCCUAUAGCAACUCGGAGCAGAAGCCGCACCAAUGUGCUAAUGGACUUACAUAUGGACCAUGAGGGAUCAGCUCAAGAAACCAUCCAGGAGGUACAGCCAGAAGAGGUGUUGGUCAUUUCCUUAGGAACAGGUCCUCAGCUUACUCCAGGGAUGAUGUCAGAAAAUGAGGUCCUAAAUAUGCAGCUUUCGGAUGGAGGGCAAGGAGAUGUCCCUGUUGAUGAAAACAAACUCCACGGUAAACCUGAUAAAACCUUGCGCUUUUCCCUCUGCAGUGAUAAUCUGGAAGGAAUAUCUGAAGGUCCUUCAAAUCGUUCCAACUCAGUAUCCUCACUAGACCUGGAAGGGGAAUCUGUGUCCGAACUUGGAGCGGGACCUUCUGGGAGUAAUGGAGUGGAAGCUCUACAGCUGUUAGAGCAUGAGCAAGCUACAACACAGGAUAAUCUUGAUGAUAAGCUAAGGAAGUUUGAAAUUCGUGACAUGAUGGGUCUGACAGAUGAUAGGGAUAUAUCAGAGACAGUGAGUGAAACCUGGAGUACAGAUGUCUUGGGAAGUGAUUUUGACCCUAACGUCGAUGAAGAUCGCUUACAAGAAAUUGCAGGUGCAGCAGCGGAGAAUAUGUUAGGCAGUUUACUCUGCCUGCCAGGUUCAGGGUCAGUGCUUCUUGACCCCUGCACUGGUUCUACCAUAUCAGAGACAACAAGCGAAGCUUGGAGUGUAGAGGUAUUGCCAAGUGACUCAGAGGCCCCAGAUCUAAAGCAGGAGGAACGUCUGCAAGAACUGGAGAGCUGUUCCGGACUGGGUAGCACAUCUGAUGAUACGGAUGUCAGGGAGGUCAGUUCCCGCCCCAGCACACCAGGCCUCAGUGUUGUGUCGGGUAUAAGUGCAACCUCUGAGGAUAUUCCCAAUAAAAUUGAAGACCUGAGGUCUGAGUGCAGCUCUGAUUUUGGGGGUAAAGACUCUGUCACUAGUCCAGACAUGGAUGAAAUAGCUCAUGGUGCCCACCAGCUGACCUCUCCUCCUUCUCAGUCAGAGUCUCUGUUGGCCAUGUUUGAUCCACUCUCUUCACAUGAAGGGGCUUCCGCCGUGGUAAGGCCAAAGGUUCACUAUGCCAGGCCAUCGCAUCCACCUCCCGAUCCCCCAAUCCUGGAAGGAGCUGUGGGAGGAAAUGAGGCCAGGUUGCCAAACUUCAGUUCCCAUGUUUUAACUCCAGCUGAAAUGGAAGCAUUCAAACAAAGGCAUUCUUACCCUGAGAGAUUAGUUCGCAGCAGGAGCUCUGAUAUAGUGUCUUCUGUCCGGCGACCUAUGAGUGACCCCAGCUGGAACCGACGUCCGGGAAACGAAGAGCGAGAACUCCCUCCAGCCGCAGCCAUUGGUGCUACUUCUUUGGUGGCUGCACCUCAUUCGUCAUCGUCGUCCCCGAGUAAGGACUCCUCAAGAGGAGAGACUGAAGAACGCAAAGAUAGCGAUGAUGAGAAAUCAGACAGGAACAGACCUUGGUGGAGAAAACGUUUUGUUUCUGCCAUGCCUAAAGCUCCUAUACCAUUUAGAAAGAAAGAAAAACAAGAAAAAGACAAAGAUGAUCUGGGGCCUGACAGAUUCUCAACACUCACAGAUGAUCCCAGCCCUAGACUCAGUGCACAAGCUCAGGUCGCUGAAGAUAUCCUGGACAAAUACAGGAAUGCCAUUAAACGAACCAGCCCCAGUGAAGGAGCACUGGCAAACUAUGAGAGUGCAGGUGAUAAUCAUGAAGUUAUGGGUGAUGGUGAAAGUGCCCAUGAUUCCCCUCGUGAUGAGACCCUGCAAAACAUCUCAGCUGAUGAUCUCCCGGACUCCGCGAGCCAAGCGGCCCACCCUCAGGAUUCAGCUUUCUCUUACAGAGAUGCAAAAAAGAAACUGAGGCUUGCUCUUUGCUCUGCUGAUUCUGUUGCUUUCCCAGUGCUAACCCAUUCAACAAGGAAUGGUUUGCCCGACCACACAGACCCAGAAGACAAUGAAAUUGUCUGCUUCCUAAAAGUUCAAAUAGCUGAAGCAAUUAAUUUACAAGAUAAGAACUUGAUGGCUCAACUGCAAGAGACAAUGCGUUGUGUGUGCCGCUUCGAUAAUAGGACUUGUAGGAAACUGUUGGCUUCUAUCGCCGAGGACUACAGGAAACGGGCCCCCUACAUUGCUUACCUCACUCGCUGUCGACAAGGACUGCAGACCACACAGGCUCACCUGGAAAGGCUGCUGCAAAGAGUUUUGCGGGACAAAGAGGUGGCCAAUCGGUAUUUUACCACUGUCUGUGUGAGGCUGCUGCUUGAGAGCAAAGAAAAGAAGAUCAGGGAAUUCAUUCAAGACUUUCAGAAACUCACAGCAGCUGAUGAUAAAACUGCUCAGGUGGAAGACUUUCUGCAGUUCCUUUACGGUGCGAUGGCCCAGGAUGUCAUCUGGCAGAACGCAAGUGAAGAGCAGCUCCAGGAUGCUCAGCUGGCCAUCGAGCGGAGUGUGAUGAAUCGGAUCUUCAAGCUGGCUUUCUACCCCAAUCAGGAUGGGGACAUACUCCGUGACCAGGUUCUUCAUGAACAUAUUCAGAGACUGUCUAAAGUAGUAACUGCAAACCACAGAGCUCUUCAGAUACCAGAGGUUUAUCUUCGGGAGGCUCCGUGGCCAUCUGCUCAGUCAGAAAUCAGGACGAUAAGUGCUUACAAGACUCCCCGGGACAAAGUACAAUGCAUCCUGAGAAUGUGCUCCACGAUCAUGAACCUGCUGAGCCUGGCCAACGAGGACUCCGUCCCAGGAGCGGAUGACUUUGUCCCCGUGUUGGUGUUUGUGUUGAUAAAGGCAAAUCCACCCUGUUUGCUGUCUACUGUUCAGUAUAUCAGCAGCUUUUAUGCCAGCUGCCUGUCUGGAGAGGAGUCCUAUUGGUGGAUGCAGUUCACAGCAGCAGUGGAAUUCAUUAAAACCAUCGAUGACCGAAAGUGACCAAGACCAAGGCCCACCAAGGCAGCAGACUGUUCGGAGGGCAAACAGAUCUCCUGGAAAAUGUACCAGCUGCUUUGAAGGCUGACACUUGUUUUUGUAUGAUACUGUACAGCAUUCAGACAUUUUAAAACAGAUCUUUACUAAACAGAUUAAUGAGCUAA